UACACAGCUAACCACGUGAACACAUAGGGGAAAUGCACAACAUCUGUAACUCAGCCGAUUUACAGCAGGAACACAUAAAGGUUGGAUUUGGAGUCUAAUAAGAAGAAGAGAAGGAGAGAAAAAGGGCUUACAAGCAUGCUGGAGGAGGGGAAGGUUGAGGAGCCGAAUAAGGCCAGAAGAAGAACCACAUGCUGGAUUAGGAAGAAGCAUGUUCGUGUAGGCCUAGCAGAAACUCUCAGCACAUUUGUUAUGAUGGUGUUUGGUCUAGGUUCUGUGGCUCAGGUGGUCACAGGAGGGGGGGUUUUUGGAGAUUACCUUAGCAUUAAUCUGGGUUUUGGUCUUGGUGUAGCGAUGGGGGUGCAUGCUGGUGGGAAAGUGUCAGGUGCUCACAUGAACGCAGCAGUGACGUUUACUAUGUGCGUACUUGGCCGUCUGAGCUGGAAGAUGCUUCCACUCUAUGUAGUUGCACAACUUCUGGGCUCCUUUAUUGCUGCAGGAACAGUUUUCACCCUGUACUACGAUGCUAUAUACCACUACUGCAAAGGAAACUUCACGGUGUUUGGCCCCAAAGCAACAGCGGGGAUCUUUGCCACAUAUCCGGCUCCUUAUCUCUCAGUACAAGCUGGAUUUUUGGACCAGGUGCUUGGCACUGCCAUGCUGUUACUAUGUCUGAUGGCUCUGGCAGAUAAGAGGAACCAGCCUGCCCCAUCUGGUGGAGAGCCUGUGGCUGUUGGGGCUCUUGUAUUGCUGAUUGGAGUUUCCAUGGGCAGCAACAGUGGCUAUGCCAUCAAUCCCACCCGAGACCUGGGGCCUAGAGUCUUUACAGCGAUUGCAGGCUGGGGAUUAGAUGUAUUCAGGGCAGGCAGAUGUUGGUGGUGGGUGCCCUUGGUAGCGCCAUUAGUGGGUGGAGUGACUGGAGCUUUGAUAUAUAAAGCUUUCGUGGAACUGCUCCAUCCCAAGCAUAAGGAUAGAAAACCUGAGCACAGUGGAUCAUCAGAGUGCAUACCGCUGGAUCAGUGUAAGAAAGACAACGCAGAUGAGUGUGUGAACUGUCAACAAGUCGAGUACCACUGGAAACAUGAAGACGAGAGAGGAGCUAGCGAAAAACUAGAUGUCACAGUGAGGCCAGUCUAGCAUAGUAAAGAAGUGAUAAAAUCAGCUCCUGCCUGUUUCACUGGACGGAUGAUUGGAACCUGUUUGGAUCUUCUGAACACUGAAGGUCAAAAACUCACUAGACAAGCAAUUGCCAUGACCAUUGAAAUUGAACUGGAACAAAAGAACUGUUUUUUUCCUCUCAAACAUUUUAUAUUCAAAUGCAUUUGAAUAACAUGCCUAUAAUUUCACAUCGCCACACUAGCAGGACCAUUAAACUACAUGUUUGUAUGGAAGAACCACAAAACUGCAUCACAUUUUAAAUCACACGGGGGCCAUAUUUAAUUGUUUUAUUUUUAAACAUUUCAGAUUAUUUUUUAAUUUAUUUAGCCACAGUAAUGUAUUUAUCACUGACAUCUUGCUAGAGUUUAAGUUUCGUAGGCUAUCCCAGAUACACAUGUGACAAGGUUGGUUUAGUUAUUGAAAAUUAAUCCCUCACCAGACACUAAUUUUUACUGUUAUUAUAAGUUAAUAAGACAAAAAUUGCAGAUUGACUUGUUAGAGAAACCGUAAAAAACCCAAAGCCCUCCAUCUUGAAGACUUUCCCAUGUCAGAAAACUGUUACAAAGCUGUGAUAAAUGUCACCAUCUCAAUGAUUAUAGGUUUUUCUUUCUUAAACAGCAUAGUCAUUGAUUAGUAGGCUUAGAUUACGUGGCACCUCCACUGUACAAGUCAUUGUGAAUGAGUUGUUGUUACAGAAACAAUGAUGUAUUAGAAAGAGCAUGAUUUAAAUUACAGCCAUAACUACUACUACUGCCAGAGCUGCUGUUAUAGAAAAUUAAUCAACACUUUCUGACCCAUCAGAAUUGAGAAUUCAAAAGCGCUGUAGUGUAUAUUUGUUGAAGGUUUAAUCAAUUUAGGUUACACAAAGGAAGACAGCUUGCAGUGAAGCUAAAUGGGAUAUUUUCCAUCAUUCAUCACACUGACAGAACCUGAUGCUUCUUGCUUUGCAUAAACCUGAACUUGGGAUUCAUGCACAAUUACAAUAUCGCACUCUUAACUCAAUAGUUUUGGGUAUGUUCAAAUAAAACAUUCUAUCCCCAGUG